AUGUUCUCUUUACGACGUGUUAGCAAUAAGAUCUUGGAGCAAUGGCGAGCUCCUGUGACACCUCAAAAAGGAUGCAGCACACAAGCCCUCCCUCGCGCCCUUACUAUGCUGAGAGAAGAAGAAGUCCAGAUGAAAGAAACUAUCAGAAAGUUCGCUUCGGAACAGAUAGCCCCCUUAGUCAGAAAGAUGGAUGAAGAACAGCACAUCGACGACGGUAUUCGAAAAUUACUCUUUGAAUAUGGCUUCAUGGGUAUCGAAAUUCCUACUAAAUAUUCCGGCUCGGGCUGUGGUUUCCUAACAAUGACGCUUAUUGUCGAAGAGCUAUCCAAAGUAGACGCUGCAGUUGCAGUUUAUGUGGACAUCCAGAAUUCGAUAAUCAACGCACUCUUCAUAGAGCUGGGUACAGAGGAACAGAAGCAAAAGUACUUACCGAAGCUUAGUACCGAAUACGCUGGAAGCUUUUGCCUCACAGAGCAAACCUCAGGUUGCGAUGCUUUCGCUCUCAAGACAGUCGCAAAGAAAGAUGGUGACCACUACAUCAUCAACGGCUCCAAGAUGUGGAUCUCGAACUCGGAUGUCGCUGGAGUGUUCCUCGUUAUGGCAAAUGCUGAUCCCUCCAAGGGUUAUAAAGGUAUCACCUGCUUCAUCGUAGAACGGGAUACCCCUGGUCUAUCCGUCGCUAAGAAAGAGAACAAACUUGGUAUCCGCGCCUCCGGCACCUGCAUGGUCCAUUUCGACAAUGUUAGAGUCCCGGAAGGUAACAUUCUUGGAGAAUUUGGAAAAGGUUACAAAUACGCGGCAGAGGUUCUGAAUAUUGGACGUAUUGGUAUCGCGGCACAAAUGGUCGGACUUUGUCAGGGCUGCAUGGACGCUACCAUUCCUUACUUGCUGGAAAGGAAGCAAUUCGGCAAGAGCAUAUUCACAUUUCAGGGUAUCAGCUAUCAGAUUGCUCACCUGCAGACUGAGCUGGAGGCUGCUCGUCUCCUCACUUACAACGCUGCCCGGCUCAAGGAAAACGGACUGGGAUUCGUCAAGGAGGCUGCCAUGGCCAAAUACUAUGCCUCAGAAAUCGCCCAAAGGCUGACAUCAAAAUGCAUAGACUUCAUGGGCGGAGUCGGUUUCACCAAAGACUUCCCGCAGGAGAAGUUCUUCCGUGACGCCAAGAUUGGGACCAUCUACGAGGGUACCAGCAACAUGCAGCUGCAAACUAUCGCCAAGUUAAUAGAGAAGGAAUAUAAAUAA